AUGGCGGCCUGGGCCUCCGUGUGGGAGCCGCUCCCCAAGGUGAGAGCAUCUUGCACUAUUCUCUCCGACGGAGGAGGAGGAGGAGGAGGAGAAAACCAGGAGAAAACCCAGGAGAAGAAAACCCAGGAGAAGAAAACCCAGGAGAAGAAAACCCAGGAGAAGAAAACCCAGGAGGAGAAAACCCAGGAGGAGAAAACCCAGGAGGAGAAAACCCAGGAGAAGAAAACCCAGGAGAAGAAAACCCAGGAGAAGAAAACCCGGAGGAGAAAACCCGGUGGAGAAAACCCAGGAGAAGAAAACCCGGCGGAGAAAACCCGGUGGAGAAAACCCGGAGAAAACCCAGGAGAAGAAAACCCAGGAGAAGAAAACCCAGGAGGAGAAAACCCAGGAGGAGAAAACCCGGUGGAGAAAACCCAGGAGAAGAAAACCCGGCAGAGAAAACCCGGCAGAGAAAACCCGGUGGAGAAAACCCAGGAGAAGAAAACCCGGCAGAGAAAACCCGGCAGAGAAAACCCCGGAGGAGAAAACCCCGGAGGAGAAAACCCCGGUGGAGAAAACCCCGGUGGAGAAAACCCCGGUGGAGAAAACCCCGGCGGAGAAAACCCCGGCGGAGAAAACCCCGGCGGAGAAAACCCCGGUGGAGAAAACCCCGGUGGAGAAAACCCCGGUGGAGAAAACCCCGGUGGAGAAAACCCCGGUGGAGAAAACCCCGGAGGAGAAAACCCAGGAGAAGAAAACCCAGGAGAAGAAAACCCAGGAGAAGAAAACCCAGGAGAAGAAAACCCAGGAGAAGAAAACCCAGGAGAAGAAAACCCAAGAGGAGAAAACCCGGAGGAGAAAACCCGGAGGAGAAAACCCGGAGGAGAAAACCCGGUGGAGAAAACCCAGGAGAAGAAAACCAAGAAGAAAACCCGGAGGAGAAAACCCGGAGGAGAAAACCCGGAGGAGAAAACCAGGAGGAGAAAACCCGGUGGAGAAGGAAGAAGAGAAGAAAGAGAACGAAUAGACUGGUGA